AUGGCGGACGCGGUCCCUGUUUGUGAUGUCUUAUGUGAGGCAAUGGAAUAUCUGUCAAAACUAGGAUCGAAUUUAAAGGUUCGGUCUGAGAAUUUAAAAGAGAAAAAAAUAAGAAAAGAUCGAUUAAAAAAUACACACGCCGUUCAAAAAGCCGCCAAUAAAGUAUUAUUGAUUUGCGAAUUAUCAAGAAAGUCGCUUGAUAAUGUGGAAACUGGGGUAAAAAAUCUUUUGUCUCAUAUUGACGCAUUGCAAGCCCCUACUAAUUCUGGCGGGAAAACAUCACGCUACUCAAAGGAAUCUAAUAUUCCAUAUGAAUAUUUUGAAUAUGAAUCCAAGAAGUUAAAAAUAAGGAAAAAAAUUUUGCUUAAACAUUAUACAUCGGUUAAAGUUGUUGCAAAACCUAUGCCCUCAACCGUGUUUAAUGAGUAUCCGGUUUAUUAUGAUUGUAAACUAUUCCAACUAAAUAAGGAAAAUGCAAAACAAGCACAGAUAGCUAAAAAGGUAGCAGAAGACACUGUAAAGAAAUACAGCAGGGGAAGUGACAGUGAAAGUGGCCAGACAAAAGACCUUAGGCAAGAGUUUAUAUCAGAGAAUUCAAGUAAUAAUCCUAGUGAUACAUCACAAACUUGUAAUAGAUUAGUUGACUCUGUUGUAAAUACCACAGUUGAGAAUUCUAAAAAUGAAGACAAUCAAGACAACAGCAGGUCAAAUAAUUCAAAUGAAUCAUUAAGAGGUUUACAUUUAGAACUUUCAACAGAAGAUAAAGGAAUGGAAGGGCUAACGAAUGAAUGUGGAAAUGAUGUUGGAGAAAAUAAUUUCAUGAGAAAUAAAAAAUCUGAAGAGGAGCUAGAAAUAGACAAAGAAUCUAAAAAUGAAUGUAAAAACAUGCACCAGUCUAGAAAAAAAUAUAAACACAUUCAGGUUUUUGAUGAUAGUUCUGAUAGCAAUAAAGGGGAGGAUAAUAAUGAUAGUAAAACUACACAACUAGAAGAAAAUGAGUCCACAAACUUACGUCAGGAUAAUAAAUCUUUAAGCUUGCUCAAUAUUAAUGAACAGAGUAGAACUAGUAAUAAUGAUUUGUAUCUUGAUAAUGGAACUAAUGAUGAAGACCAGAAAAAUGAAGCACCAUCAGAAACCAGUGAAACAAAGAAAACAUUUAUAAAAUGUGUGAAUAUAGAUAAGUUACUUGACGAAUCGAAAAAAGCCAAUAUUUCGGUUGUGGAAAUUGAUGAUGAUGAUGAUGAAGAAGAAAGAUUAAAAAUGAAAACUAAGCAAAAAGAAGAAAAAAGUGAUAAGGUACGAAAAAGCUUAACUAAACAGAUCACAAACAAGCCAAAAAAGAAAUCUAGAAAUAUCUUAACUGAUGAUUCAUCUGAUGAGAAUUACUGGGAACAGAAAAGAGAGGAGGUAAAAUUGUUUAAACCUAAACAGUUUAGAAUAGAUAUCCAUAGGCUACCCAAUUUCUCUGUAGAUUUUCUAAAGACUCAUAAUUUAAAUAAAAUUGUGCAAAAUGGUGGUAUUGUCUGUGAUUUAGAAACUCUUUUAAAAAAAUUAAAUGAGGAUGGUAAAGAGAAUUUAGAACCACCGCUGUCUAAAAACCCUUCAAUGGAUGAAAUUGUUGAUGAGAAUUUAAAAGAACCUUCUAACAAUAAAAUAAUUCCAGAAAAUUCAAGAGCUGAGACCAUGCAUGUGAAAAAUAGCUUAUUAAACGAUUCUGAUUCUGAUAAAUCUGUGAAUAAAAUUAUGGAUAAUGAUUUGCUUAAAGAAGCAGAGAGUAUAAGAAAUGCACUUCUUAAUGACAGUGAUUCAGACGAACAUAGUGACUUAGAAAAUAGGAAACAAUCUGGUGUUGAAACUGAUAAAAAUGAUGAAAAUUCUAUACCAAAGGAAGUGACAAAUGACACUGUGGGAGAUCAGAAUUUUUCAGAAAAUUCUACACCAAAGGAAGUGAUGAGUAACACUAUGGGAGAUCAGAAUUUUUCGGAAAAUCAUGAAGCAGAAUCUAGAGACAAUAGUAGUACAUCACCUCAACAUAAUAAAGACCCCAAUAAAGUAAUUUCAUCAUCAUUAUUGAAUGAUUCCUCAGUUAAUGCUUCAUUAUCAUCUGAUAAUAAAAAUAAAAAGGAUGUAUCACCUCAACCCAAUGAAGUUAAAUCAUCAUUAAUGAAUGAUUCCUCAGAUAAUGCUUCGUUAAAAUCUGAUAGUAAAAAUGUGGUGAAUACAUCACCUCAGCCUAAUGAAGACCCAAAUAAAGUUAAAUCAUCAUUAAUGAAUGAUUCAUCAGAUAAUGAUUCAUUAAAAUCCAAUAAUAAAAAUAAAAAGGAUCCAUCACCUCAACUUAAUGAAGACCCUAAUGAAGUAAAAUCCUCAUUAUUGAAUGAUUCCUCAGAUAGUGCUUUAUCAGCUUCUAACAAAAGAAAAAGAAAUAGUGAAAAAGAUACAUCACCUCAGCUGAAUGAAGAUUCUGAAAAAGUUAAGUCCUCAUUAUUAAACGAUUCUUCAGAUAAUACUUCGAUAUCAUUAAAUAAAAGAAAAAGGAGUAUCGAAAAAGUUUCACCACAUAAGUCUAAAAGAAGACACAUUAUGGAAAGUAUGCAUGCUAAGAAAAUGCUCCUGACUUACUCAUCAAGCUCGGAUACUGAGGAUGAACAGUUAAGAAGUGCCUUGAAGGAAAUUAAAGAGUCUUUACUGAAAGGGAUUAGUUCCGAUGAAGAGAGUAAACCAAAAAAUUUGCAACUAAAUAAGGAUUCAACUUCUGAAUCUGAAAAAAAUGAUGUAAAAGAAUUAAAUAAAAAUUCCAGUAAAAAUCACAAAACUUCAUCAGGCUCGGAAGGUGAAAGAAUAUUAAAAAAAAAGCAAAAAAGUUCCAAAAUCAGAAACAAGCGUUUUAAGAAUGAUGAUACGGAUAAAUCAGAAGCAGACAAUGAUGAAAAUACAAAAUCCAGUUUAUGCAAGAUGGGCCAUUCUAGAGCUAAACCGGGCAGUAGCAGCAGUCAAAAUUCAGAUACUCAGGAUGCAAAUGACAAAGACAUUGACGGACUAACGAACCUAAACACGCUGAGCAAGACGCGUCGCCGGCGUGGUUCAACGUCAUCCGACCAGACUGCAGAUACAGCGCAGACGAGAUCCAGCAAAAGUGGCGAUAUGCCCAAAGUGCCUCGAAUCCAAGCCGAGAGCCUUCUCAAGGCUGAGAGUAGUUCCGACGCAGCGUCGAUCGCAGGCAGCGAGGAAGGGGAAGAGGCUGAAGAAUUACCAACGGUUUCAAUGUCGGCUAUCAACGGAGACGGAAUCCCGCACCUGGCUAAAGACGAUCUGCUGGGAGAAAGUGACUCUUCAAGCUCACACAAUGAAAAGGAUACAGCCUCACAGGAGGAAAGCAAAAAGUCCGAUACUGAAGAGGAAGAUAACGUUAAGUUGAAACGUCGUAAAGCACACGCCAUCUCGUCGGACUCAGAGGCCGGCUCGUCGCGGCGUCGCGAACGCGGACACAAGAUGAGCGACUUCGAGGACUCGGAUGACGACGGCUCAGAACCAGCCGUCAAGAAGAAGCGCAAGAAGAAGCCCAGCGACAGCGAUGAUCAAUCCUCCGACGAUAGCGGGAAGAAGAAGCGACGUCGCAUCAAGAACGUAGAUGACAGUGACGGGUCUGACUCCGAUACGGAAAAUGAAGGUCGAAAUAAGCAUGGCAGGAAGAAUAUUCGGAAGGUUAUGGGUAAAAACCAACUUGAAGAAGCAACCAAGAAGGCAGCGCGCGAGGAAAAAGAGAGGAUUGCCCGAAUUGCGGAAAGGCAGAAGAUGUACAAUAACCUGGAGUUUGAUGAAUCUGGUAAACCUGAUGAAGUAAUUUUGGAGAAGGUAGUCCUCGAUUUUGAUCCAGAAACAAAGGAGCCGCUGAUUGAAGUUGACAGGGGCCUUGUAAAGAAACUUAAACCACAUCAGGCGAAUGGUAUAAAAUUCAUGUGGGAUGCCUGCUUCGAGAGUGUGAAACGGAUUAAAAAGGACAAAGGCUCUGGAUGCAUUCUUGCACAUUGCAUGGGCCUUGGAAAAACUCUGCAGGUGGUUUCGCUGACGCAUACGCUCCUGACGCACAGUGCAUUGACUGGCGUACAGCGCGUGUUAGUGGUGUGCCCGCUUAGCACCGUGCUCAACUGGGUGAACGAGUUUCGCAUCUGGCUUAAACACACAGAGAACGAGUACGACGUUGAUGUGUACGAGCUCUCCAGAUAUAAACAAAACUCGGAGCGUGCGUUCCAACUGCAGCAGUGGUUUGAGUCGGGGGGAGUGUGCGUGCUUGGCUACGAGAUGUUCCGGAACUUGUCUGCAGAUAACUCAAAGAAGUUUAAGAAAAAGAUGUUGAAGAGCUUCCAGGAGAGCUUGGUUGACCCUGGUCCUGACCUAGUGGUGUGUGACGAAGGACACCUGCUGAAAAAUGAGAAGACCAGCCUCUCGCAGUCUAUGAACAGGGUCAGGACGCGACGUCGCAUUGUACUCACCGGAACGCCUCUGCAGAACAAUCUUAAAGAAUACUACUGCAUGGUGCAGUUCGUGAAGCCGAACCUGCUGGGCAAGUACAACGAGUAUUUGAAUCGAUUUGUGAACCCUAUCACCAACGGACAGUACACUGAUUCAACAGAGCACGACAUACGCGUUAUGAAGCGACGCUCGCACGUACUGCACAAAAUGCUUGACGGUGCUGUACAGAGGAGAGAUUAUGGGGUGCUGGCGCCCUUUUUGCCUCCAAAACACGAAUACGUACUAUUCAUAACAUUGUCGGAAGUACAAAUCAAGUUAUAUCAGCACUAUUUGGAUAAUUAUUCCAGGAGGCCACUCCCUGGAAAAUCCUCUGGGUUCCUCUUCCCAGACUUUCAAUCACUGCAAAGGAUAUGGACGCAUCCAUUAGUACUCAAGUACAAUUCAGAGCGAUAUGAGAUUAUGCAACAGAAAAAGAGGGAGAGAGAAGAAGAAGAAGACUCAGAAGGAUCAUUAGCAGACUUUAUUGAUGAUGAUUCUACACCUAAUGAAAGUUCAACUGAAGAAUCGUCAGAUGACUUUUCAGAUGCGAGUGAUGACAGUCGCAAGAAAAAUAAAAAGAAAAAAGCAGCCAAGAAGGGUAAAGUAAAAGACAGCAAAGUUACCACCCGAAGAGGCACUAGAGCUAAUCCAGUGGAACAUCUAGAGGACGAGGAAAAGCCAAUAGAGUCUCUGGAGACGAAGUAUGAAAACCCAACAGAGUGGUGGAUGAAGCUGGUGACGGACGACGAGCUGGAGGAUAUGCGCAACUCACACAAGCUGGUACUGCUGUUCGAUAUCCUGCGGCAGUGUGAGACGAUUGGCGAUAAAUUAUUAGUAUUCUCACAGUCUCUGUAUUCACUGGACCUUAUUGAGCACUUUUUGGGAAAAGUUGACGAAGCUACACAAGAAGGACGUAUUGACGAAAAACUUGGCGGACAUGUUGGGUCCUGGUCACCGGGAAUAGAUUACUUCAGAUUGGAUGGCUCAACCUCCUGUGAGAACAGGUCAAUUUGGUGCAAGAACUUUAACAGGGAAGAUAACCCUAGGGCUAGAUUAUUCCUAAUAUCGACGCGAGCGGGUGGACUCGGCAUCAAUCUAGUGGCAGCGAACCGUGUCGUUAUUUUCGACGUGUCUUGGAAUCCCUCACAUGACGUCCAAAGUAUUUUCCGCGUCUAUCGUUUCGGUCAGAAGAAACCCUGUUAUAUUUACAGGUUUCUUGCGAUGGGCACAAUGGAGGAGAAGAUCUACGAGCGUCAGGUGACAAAGCAGGCAAUAUCGAAGCGCGUGAUCGACGAGCAGCAGAUCGACCGGCACUACGCGGAGAACGACCUGGCCGAGCUGUACAAGUUCGAGCCGCGGCCGCCCGUGCCGCGCCCGCUGCCGCCGCUGCCCCGCGACCGCCUGUUCGCCGAGAUGCUGCGCGAGCACGACGCACAGAUCUACAAAUACCACGAGCAUGAUUCACUUCUCGAAAAUAAAGAAGAGGAGACGCUAAGUGAAGAGGAACGCAAAGCGGCGUGGGAGGACUUCGAGAAUGAGAAGAACCGCCCGCCACCUGCUCCCUUCCCGGCGCCCUGGCAGAUGGCUAACGGAAUGGUGCCCGGAUUGCUGGCACAACAGCAACAACAGCUCGCCUUCGCCGCUCUCGGAGCUAUGCUCCGCAAGGAUAUGCCUAAUAUCAACGAAAACCAGAUACGAGAUAUGCUGCCUCUCAUUUAUAAUUCUAAUCCGGGGAUGUUCGGUGGAUAUGACUAUGGCUUGAUGCAGAAAAUGGGCGAGAUCUACAAGUAUGCUCAGCCGGGCAUAAUGAACCCAGCGAUGAUGAAUCCAGUUAUGAAUCCUGGCGCUGGAGCAGGAAAUUUAGGGGGUUCUAGCGGUUUGCAAUAUGAGCCUCCAUGGCAAAGACAACAACAGCAGCAACAACAGAUGAGGUUGCAACAGAUGAUGCAGCAACAACACCAAAAUAUGGGCGCGAAGUACUACGCGGGCGGGCUGGGCAGCCGCGACCCGGUGGCGAUGGCGCUGCAGCAGCAGCGUGCGCGCGAGAUCAUGCUCGGCGAGCGAGCGCGCCCGCGCGGCCGCCCGCCGCUGCAGCGCGCGCCCGCCGCGCCCGACGUCGUCAACCUCGCCGACUCCGACUAG